GACCUUGAAAACUUAGCGCCAAACGGCGCGCAUUCAAUGGAAUACAAUUGGGCAUGCCAAACAAAGCUGAUCUACCAUCGGCCGAGAGGGUGACCGGAAUUGAAUCACCAGAGCCACCCAUACCUACUACCUCCUUAACACAGGCCAUACCAGGCGCUGCAGGCGCUGUAUUGAACGAUGUGCCCGGUCUGCUUGUUUCUCACAGGUCGUCAAGGAUCGGGAAACCGUCAGAGAAAGCGUUUGAUGACAUGCAAAUUAUGCGUCGCAUAAUUGCUGAAGAUGAAACGUUUAAUUUAUCUACCGUUCCUCCUUUGACGGAUCUGUGUCUGAAACACUGCAUCCAAAAUUUCGAGUAUAAAGCAAAUAUUCUGCCGCACCUAAAUUCGAGGCAAAGACGAAAACUUUUGGACGAAUUGGGGACAGAUACACCAUUGAAAGUAACGGCUCAUCAAAUCGGUGAGGAUCUUUAUUGGAAACGUUGCUGUCACAGUCGCUGGCCUGUGAUCGACCUGGCCCGGCAUGGGGGGGUGUGGAAAAGAGCAUUUUUCGAGCACAUGCUUGAAGAGACCAUCGAGCGUUUCGUGCCCGGUCAUACAUACCUACCAAGGCUCACCGAAUGCGUAGCGUAUGCUGCACCGUACGUACAUCGUUUGGAUAUUCGCCAACUAUUGCCCCCGCUGAAGCAACAAUCCACGGAUGGUUACUCGGAAAAUAAUUCCGAUGAGGAGAGCAACUCCGAAUUUGGUUCGGACCUCCAGACAGCGGAUCACCUGGACCUGGGUCCCAUGUUGGUGAAAUUGCCCAAUCUGGAAGAAUUAUCUGUGUCGUACACCGUCAAAGACUGUGGAAUGAAUUUCGAGUGGUCCAUCUUUCAGUUUACUGUGCACGAUUGUGUCAAUUUAGCCAAAGCAAUACAGCAGCAUAAGAACAUACGAGCACUCCAUCUAACUAAAAGUCGAGUUGAUUCAGAUAGAUGUCGAGUUCUGGUCAACCACAUUUUGCAGCAUCCCACUCUUGAGUGCCUGGAUUUAUCGCACAACUUUAUCGGGGACCGUGGGGCACGUGCGUUGGGAAAGCUUAUCAGCGGAAACAAUCAGUUGAGAACUCUGAAUCUUGCGGACAACCGUCUCCAAGCCACCGGCGCUCUGGCUCUUGCACAUGCUCUGGCCAAGAAGUCCUGCACGUUGGUGCGUCUAAACCUUCGCUUGAAUCGUCUCAGAGACGAUGGCGGGAUUGCCAUCGCCAAAAGCCUGCUGCGCAACACUUCAUUGAAAGAGCUCAACCUGGCAGCGAAUGACCUGGGUGAGACAGCUUCCAAUUAUCUGGCUCACGUGAUCGCUCACAACAGGACCCUCACCCACUUAGAUUUGUCCAACAACCAGGUUGGCGUGACCGCUAGUCGAAGGCUCUCUGAUGGUAUGAUGCACAACGACACGCUGUUGUACUUUGACCUUCGUUUCACUGGAUGCAAUCAGGAGGCCGAGUACGCAAUUUCUCAGCAAGUGGAAAGGAACCAGGACCGCGUACGACGCAUGCUUGUAGCUCCGUCACUAGGUCGCAACGACGGACAACCGGAGAUAACGGAUGAUAUUAGUCUGCCGGAAGGGGUGACAAGCGUGGCGAACCAGCAUAAUUUGGGCAUCCCGUCCGCUCAAUCUACUACUGUAUGAACCAUAUAAGACCAGAACAUUCAAUUCGGCGAUCUUGACAGGAGCAACUCUUUCUAACCAAACCUGGCUUGCCGUCGUUUCCAUCUUCAGUAGCCUAAUCAACACGGUGGAGUAAUAGGCAGGAGAGCCCCGAGCACGAAGAAUAGAAGAGUUUGAGUCGACUUUUCCCUUUCCCCUAUUCAUAUAGAUUGUGAUGAAAAUAUGGAUGAACACAUACAUUUAAGCUAUUCAUGAGAAUUGCUAGUGCAUAUACUGUAUUUUCCCAGACUAUUCGAAUCCAAAUGUUGCUUCCCACUGCAUGGAGCCAGAAUUUUCGUUCCUCUGGCAAAGUGAAGUAGUUAGUAAUAAUUGGCUUCACCUCUACCUUGUACUUAUAAAAAUGAUUGGUGAAUGAAGCAAAAGUGAUUCUGCUAAGAUCAUUACAUAUCUGUUUUUCAUGAUUGGACUCAACUUUCUCCUCUGUAAUUCCGAUAACCGACGCGAGUACGCACCUGGUCUGGAGCACAUUAGGGGAUGCAGUUAUUCCCUUCAGAAUUUCAGCAUAAAACUCCUCUACCAGCCACCUUGCAACCUUGAUGUUACCCAAUCUCCUUAAGACUUCAGACAAUGUUCGUUGGAAUUUUGAUAAGUGGAAUUAAAACUGUUCUUCAUUAUCC